AUGAGCGCGCCGUCGGCGGCGAACGGCGCGUGGCGCGGCACCCUACGCCGCGUUCUCCGCGCGGUGGACGCGCACGUCACGUCGCACACCGGCUCCCCGACGUGGCGCGACCACGUCCUCGCGGAGUUCCGAUCGGGGAAUCGCGACACGAUGGCGCUCGCCGAUCGCGUCGCCGCGAGGCUCAGAGCCGCGGACGAGUGGGCGACGCUGGCGAACGCGGUGCAGCGCCACAAGGCGAUGAUCAUGGACUACGGGCACUCGCUGGAGAAGGAGCGCGAGCAGCUGAAGAAGGCGUCGAACACGGCCAACUACGUCGGGCUCUCAAUGCCCGACGCUUACGACCACGCAGCGCACGACCUCGCGGCGGCGAACAAGAAGAAGGACGGGGAUGAGUAA